CUUCUUCUUCAUCCCUUGGGUUGGCUGGCACAGGACAGAUUAUCUUUCCCUUUCAUUUCAUCCCUUUGGAUCAUAAAAAAUCCCUAUGUUGUCCUCAUAAUUCCCAUAAAAAAAACCCUUCAAUUCUCAUUUUUGUUCAAUUUUGUUUUCUGUUUUCUUGUUUGGAGAUUCCUUUUCUUGGUUAAGUGUAGUAUGUUUCGAUUUUUAUCAUUAAUUGUUUGUGUAUUGAAAAAGCAUAAUUCAGGAACACAAUUCAUGUCGUUUGACAGCUUGUUCGGCUGAAAGAAUUUUUUUUUUUUUUUAAUUCUAAUCAAAGAAUUUAUUUGUUCCAUAGAUUAAUAAAACUCUGAAAUUGUGAAAUUUGAUUAACGCAGAAUUCUACAAUUCUGUCUUCCUCUCUCCCCCUUUUUUUUUUCCUGAUAGAUUUUUAUCUGGACCAAAAAUGGAAAAUUUCGAAAACGAAUUGUUAUAGCAGAAAUUUAAAUAAACUUUAUCCAUAGGGUUUUGGUUUUUCUUUUUUCUUUUUUCUUUUGGAAAAUUUAAAAUUUUUAAAUAAAAUUUCUUUCGAAAUGAAAAAAUUCUAGAAUUAGUGAGUUUUUAUAUACGAGAUUUUUUGUCGGUGUUGGACUGUUGACGUUGGGAUGGACUGUAGAGUUAUAGCUCCGAUGGGUGACCCGUGGGCCAACCUGGCGGCGGGCAGCAGUGGCGGAGGAGGUGCUUUCAGCCAGGAGAGCGAGCUUGAUUUGGCAACAAUGGUGAGCGAUUUCUUGGAGAAUGAACAUAGUGGUGGGGCCCAGUAUUCAAGUAGCAGCGAUAGCGAUUCUACCCUCUCCGAUCUUGCGCAGCUUGCUGAGAAAAUCUCUUAUCACAAGUUAGUGGUGGAUCAUCAUCAGCAUGACAUAUUGUCGGUGGUGAACUCGCUUGCACUUUCAAUCACUGAGAGAGAUCUUCACAAUGUGAAAUCAGGUUUUUCCAAUGCUAGCUGCAUCAGGUUUUCUCUGGUGAAGCUUCUGAGGCUUUCUGGUUAUGAUGCUGGUGUGUGUACAUCCAGGUGGCAAGGGAGCGGCAAGGUUCCUGGAGGUGAUCAUGAAUACAUUGAUAUUGUUGGCUUUAAUGAUUCUGGAUGCCGAUUGAUUAUUGACAUAGAUUUUCGGAGCCACUUCGAGAUUGCUAGAGCUGUUGAAUCCUAUGAUAGUAUAUUGAACUCUCUUCCGGUCAUUUAUGUGGGCUCUUUUACCAAGCUUAAACAAUACCUUCAGGUAAUGGUCGAGGCUGCUAGAUCUUCUUUGAAGCAGAAUUCAAUGCCUCUACCUCCCUGGAGAUCUUUGGCUUAUUUGCAAGCAAAAUGGCAGUCUCCUUAUGAGAGGAAGUUUGGUCCUGACGUGCAGAAUAACAAUAGCGCCACUUUAGUUGAACACAAGAAAUGCAUCGGACACCUAAAGAGACUGCAGUCUUCACUUAAAUCUGAGAUUGAAUCGGAACGCAUGUUCAAGCCUGUAAACAGUGAUAAUUGGAAGCGUAAACUUGGGAGGCAAAGGUAUUGAAAGAACCCUUUAAGGUAUAGCGAAUAUUUAUCCGUGCCAUGAAAGUAACCAUUGAUUAUAAGUCUUUAUAAGCCGACAAAAUAAAAAAUAAAAUCUUUCUUGUUGAUAGAGGAAAGGUAAAUUCAUAAAUCCGAUACCAGUAACGAAUAACAUGCCAGAUUGUGGUCGGGAUGCUUUUAAACUCCCACCUCAUUUGUUAAUGUACCCGAACAAGGCAAGAAUGUCAGGUUUCAAAGCUUCCAUACUAUGCUAUUUCUUAUCAUUUUGCUGUCUUAAGAGGAUCGUACUUGAUCAACCACGGCUUAUUUGUCUAUAGAGAGAGUAGAAUGGAUCAUUUUUUUCUUGGUGAAAAUAAGUUCUUGCCAUCGAUUGGCAUAAAAUUUUGCUCCCAUUUUUGUUUAGCGUGUGCUACGUUAGUGACAGAUACUGUAUUAGCGUGUUUACUUGAUCAAAAGGUUUCCUUGGCGCCAUUUCUAUUCUGAGUGGAGUUGUUCUGGUUAAUUUGUAUUGUCAAGCUUGAGAGAGAUGAUUUUGAUUUCCUUUUAUCUAAUUGUUUCAUUUAUUCAAUCUCCAAUAAUACUGAAUAUGGGUUAAUAUUUA